CAAGAACAACCUCAUUACCAAGAAGACUUUCUCCCACAACCAGAAGGGCCAUCGGAGCUGGAGUUACCCAUGGCGGCCUUCACGGGCCACUCUGCAGAGCCAUGCUACACUUCACUGGAGGAUCCGAACGAACAAUUAAGGCUUCUCGUGGAGCAGUUUGCUCGAGACACUAAGAAAUCAUGCUCUAAGAUGGAUCUUCAAAUCAAAGCCCUUGCCACUUCCGAUCCCUCAUUUCUCCAUGAUAUGGAGGAGACUGUUCAGCGCUCGGCGAAGCAAACAGAGUGGGUGAAGCAAGUUUGCUCGCAUCUUGCCCAAGAUCACCUUUCUGCUACCACGCUAGAAGAGGUGGAGGAUGACAAAGGCUAUGGGAGCGUCGAGGAGCAUACAGAAGUUAUCACAGAGAACCCCCAUGAUAAUCAUGAUCAGGAAAGUCCUUUGGUCGCAGACCACACCUUUCCUCAUUUAUGCUCUAACAUGCUGGGCCCGUGCGAGGAGAUGCAAGAUGAUCCCAUUGAAGAAAUUGCUUGGCGACUUGCUCUCCAAUCUGUUCUAGAAGAAGAAGAGCGAGCAAGGAUGAGGAAGGAAGAUGUGGAUGAUGAGGAAGAAAGAAAAGAAGAGGUGGUUCUUGAUCUUUUCCCAGGGGAGAGACCACAUUUUGAAGAAGAAAGGGGGGUUGAGGAAGCAAUUGGCGUCCAGGCUGAGGAUGAAGUUGAGGUGGAAGAGGCUUGCACCGGCCCUAUGUUACAUUUGAUAUCUCCACCAAACUUCGAGGAGCUGCUUGGCAAGGACCCAUUUGCAGUGUCUCUUUGCCAGACCAAGGCCACAUCGACAUCGGUCCCUCUUGGUGGACCCAAAAUUGUCGUGUUGUGUUUGCACCUUCUGGUUGUGUUAUUCUGGACCUGAAAACGGGGACGGAGAUCAGUAAAGGACAAAAGCGGGGUCGCAUUUUCUACCUGGAGCAUCUGGAGCCGCCUACCAAGUCUCUAUCAUCAUCAUUGUCGGAUUUACCCUCAGUGUCCAGGUCUUUCUCUUCUCCGUCAGUGUCUAGGGUCACGUCGUUGCCUGUUUUUUCGAGUCUUUCUGAACAGAAAUUUCAUUUGUGGAAUGCUCGUUUGGGACACCCAAACUCUAGUCGGCUAGCUCUUAUGUUUAUACAGCAAUUGUUUGGUAAUAAUCCUAUGGCGGUCUGUUCAUCGAAUUUCUCUUGUUUAAGCUGUUGAAGCCAAAACUACUCGGAUUUCUUUUCCUUCUAGUCAAACUGUCAUUUAUGAACCCUUUCAGCUUGUUCAUAGUGAUCUUUGGGGUCCUAGCCCUGUCACCUCUUGCCAUGGCUAUAAAUACUUUGCUUUGUU